AUGAAAGUCGAAAGUAACAAGAGCGACGUCAGCGACCCGUUCGCUGCAUCCCAGAUUAUAGGUGAUAAGCUGCUGCAAGGAUGGACCUUGCUGAAUGAGUGUUGCCACAUGUGCAUGGUGACCCCCCUCAUUAAACAGAAGAACAAAGAGGAGCGAUUCUGUGCCAAGUGCAACGUAUACAUUGUUCCGGAAAAGGCACAAGGGGAUGAACUACUGACGAACAAAGGAAACAGCAACAUGGGUGAGAAGAAAGAGGUCGAAGGAGAUUGCCAAAGGGAUGUCCCACUGGAGGGUUCCCAAAAUGUGGGUGCCGAAACGAACGCUGCAAAUGUGGAAAACUAUCAUGAUGCCUGCACAGAGAAGUACCCCCACGCAGAUACAUAUGGAGAUGCCUUUUUUGAGGAAAAAAUGUCCCCCAUAGAAUUCAUCAAGGAAAUAAAACUCCAGCAUGAUGAAUUCAACGAAAUUUUAAACAAAAAUAAAAUCACAAAAGAAGAAACAGAAAAUUUGAUAGAGUAUAAAAAAUACGUAAAGGAAAGGUGCGGGUAUGAGCUCGGCGAGUGGAUGAACAGUAACAGAAGUUCCCUCAAGGGGGUGGAAAUAAACAGUAAAAAAGAAAGCCAAAAAAAAUCAACAAAUUUAGCCAACAAGGAUAUCAAUCCCAACGUGGAGGAUAAAAAAAAAGACAAGUUUCAAAAUACGGAAAUGAAACAUAACCAUGCACAUAUACAAGGACACUCAAGUCAGAAACGGGAAUAUUUAAAUAACUCUACACAAAAACGUCCAGACCUUAUAAUCUCGAAGGAGAAUUAUUUCCCUAGUGGAGGCAUUGAUUUUGACAAAUAUACAAAUUAUAAGGUAGACUUUAUGAUCCUGGACAAAGCUAAGGAUACUUUCAUGCAAAAGUUGGAUAAGUACGUCGAACAGCUGAGCAGCUGUGACAGUAAGAGUGACGAAAGAGAAUGCAUCGGCCAAGUUGCCAUUGUCGUGGAUGUACUAGAAAGGUUAAACAACUUAAGGAGAAACAUUCACAUAGUGAUUUAG